GACUCUUAUUCAGUCCUUCACAAAUAUAGCAUUGAUUGUGACCUUUUACUCUAAUCUGGACACUCUUGAGCUUUUCAAGUACAUGCUGACAGGGAUUUUGUGAGAAUAUGGUGGAGUUCAACUUACUCUUUCCUAGACGUGAAAGGAAGGGAAGGUCACUUUUUGCCUUGUUGAUAAAGUGUGGUACCUGUGCCAUCUCUGAAGUCACCACCAAAGAAAGCCUUCACCAGAUGCUUUCCCUGGACUUCCUAGCCUCUGAAACUGUUUCAAAGUGGUCAACAGACUGGAUGUACCUGGAGUGGAUUUACCUUGUAUAAAUUGUCAAGUUCAAACUUCUGCUGAAUCAUAACCAUUUGGUGCUGAGCUAUGACAAGAGAGGAAACAAAAAGUUAAACCAGCAAGCCUGCCAUAAGUGAGAAGACUUCCUUGGUACCAUGCUUUUGCGAAGUUCAGGAAAAUUAAACGUGGGCACCAAGAAAGAGGAUGGUGCGAGCACAGCCCCCACUCCUCGUCCAAAGAUCUUGCGUUGUAAAUGCCACCACCACUGUCCAGAAGACUCAGUCAACAAUAUCUGCAGCACAGACGGAUAUUGUUUCACAAUGAUAGAAGAAGAUGAUUCUGGGAUGCCUGUGGUCACUUCUGGAUGUCUAGGACUAGAAGGCUCAGAUUUUCAGUGUCGGGACACUCCUAUUCCUCAUCAGAGGAGAUCAAUUGAAUGCUGCACAGAGAGGAACGAAUGUAAUAAAGACCUACACCCUACACUGCCUCCAUUGAAAAACAGAGAUUUUGUUGACGGAUCUAUACACCACAAGGCCUUACUUAUAUCUGUGACUGUCUGUAGUUUGCUUUUGGUCCUUAUCAUUUUAUUCUGUUACUUCAGGUAUAAAAGACAAGAAACCCGACCUCGGUACAGCAUUGGGUUAGAACAAGAUGAAACUUACAUUCCUCCUGGAGAAUCCCUGAGAGACUUAAUUGAGCAGUCUCAAAGCUCAGGAAGUGGAUCAGGACUCCCUCUGCUGGUCCAAAGGACUAUAGCUAAGCAGAUUCAGAUGGUGAAACAGAUUGGAAAAGGUCGCUAUGGGGAAGUUUGGAUGGGAAAGUGGCGUGGCGAAAAGGUAGCUGUGAAAGUGUUCUUCACCACAGAGGAAGCCAGCUGGUUCAGAGAGACAGAAAUAUAUCAGACAGUGUUGAUGAGGCACGAAAACAUUUUGGGGUUCAUUGCUGCAGAUAUCAAAGGAACAGGGUCCUGGACCCAGUUGUACCUAAUCACAGACUAUCAUGAAAAUGGUUCCCUUUAUGACUAUCUGAAGUCCACCACCCUAGACACUAAAUCGAUGCUGAGGUUGGCCUACUCUUCUGUCAGUGGCUUAUGUCACUUACACACCGAAAUCUUUAGUACUCAAGGCAAACCAGCAAUUGCCCAUCGAGAUCUGAAAAGUAAGAACAUCCUGGUGAAGAAAAAUGGAACUUGCUGCAUUGCUGACCUGGGCCUGGCUGUUAAAUUUAUUAGUGAUACGAAUGAAGUUGACAUACCACCCAACACUCGAGUUGGCACCAAACGCUAUAUGCCUCCGGAAGUGUUGGAUGAGAGCUUGAAUAGAAAUCACUUUCAGUCUUACAUCAUGGCCGACAUAUAUAGCUUUGGACUCAUCCUUUGGGAGGUUGCUAGGAGAUGUGUAUCAGGAGGUAUAGUGGAAGAGUACCAGCUUCCCUAUCAUGACCUAGUGCCGAGUGACCCCUCUUACGAGGACAUGAGAGAGAUUGUAUGCAUCAAGAAGCUGCGUCCCUCAUUCCCCAACCGCUGGAGUAGUGAUGAGUGUCUAAGGCAGAUGGGGAAACUAAUGACAGAAUGCUGGGCUCACAAUCCUGCAUCGAGGCUCACAGCCCUGCGUGUUAAGAAAACACUUGCCAAAAUGUCAGAGUCCCAGGACAUUAAACUCUGAUGUGAAGGAAAAAGUAAGCAUCUCUGCAGAAAGCUAACAGAUCCUCUUCUGUCUGUGGGUAGAGGAAGAGAUGUUAAAGAAGCAUCCAUAGUACAAGCCUUGAACAUCGUCCUGCUUCCCAGUGGGUUCAGACCUCACCUCUCAGGGAGCAACCUGGACAAAGACAGAAAAGUUCCCAGAAGCACAGAUUCAUCUGCAUCUGUUUGUAGGAGGGAGAUUCCGCUUGGGUAACUUGUUCAAGAUAUAAGGCGUGUUGCUUUCUAAGAAAGCCCUGUAUUUUGAGAUUGCCUUUUUUUUUUUUAAAGAUGCUUUAAUUUUGCCAAAAUAAAACUAAUAAUGUGGAUGUUUUAAGGUUUAUACUAUUAGAGUUUAAAUAAUAAAAGAAGUUCCUCCCAGAAACUGUUGGAAGGUAUAGAUUAUGUUUUUCCUUUGGUAAAAUACCGUUGCACUCUACAAACUGAACGACAGUCUGUGAAGCUGGAGAGUCUAGAAUGGAGCUCAUCCUAACCCCCGCCCCACCUCAGACCACUUUGGCCAGCCCUGUAUUUAGGACUGCCACAGCAAUGUGAAUGCACCUGGGUACAAAUACUGCCUGUCAGGGACCACGUCUUGUAAUUCCUGCAGGUGGCCUUUUGCAGCUUCAGACAAUAUGGAACAAAUGAAGGUUUUAUGUGACUCUAAUAGAAGUAAGUGUUGAUAGUUGUUCUUCAGAACCACUUUGUGUUUCUGAUUGUUAGGCAUUUCUUUCAUGGUAAAAUCUCUUCCUUUUCA